AUGGGGUUUGAAAAUGGCUCUUCAGUGACAGAAUUCAUUCUAGUGGGAUUAACCAAGGAGUCUGAUCUCCAGUGCCCCCUCUUCAUCCUGUUUCUAAUGAUGUAUGUGGUCACUGUGCUGGGAAAUCAGGGUUUGAUUAGCUUAAUUGGACUGAACUCUCAUCUCCACACUCCAAUGUACUUUUUCCUCUUUAACUUGUCCUUUGUUGACCUCUGGUACUCUUCUGUGUUCACACCCAAAAUGCUGGAGAGCUUUAUAUCAGAGAAGAAUACUAUUUCCUACAGAGGGUGCAUGGCACAGCUUUUCUUUUUCUGUUUUUUCUCCAUCUCUGAGUGUUACAUUUUGACCUCAAUGGCCUAUGAUCGCUAUGUGGCCAUUUGUAACCCACUCUUGUAUAAUAUUGUCAUGUCUCCUAAACUAUGUUUGAUCCUUAUGUUUAGUUCAUACAUGAUGGCACUUUCUGGUGCCAUGGCUCACACAGGAUGCAUGCUGAGACUGACCUUCUGUGAUGCAAACACCAUCAAUCACUACUUUUGUGACAUCCACCCUUUGCUUCAGCUCUCCUGCACCAGCACCUAUGUCAAUGAACUGGAGGUAUUUGUUGUUGUGGGCAUCAACAUCAUUGUGCCCACCAUUACCAUCUUCAUCUCUUAUGGGUUUAUCAUCUCAAGUAUUUUUCGUAUCAGCUCCAAGGAGGGCAGGUCCAAAGCUUUCAGCACCUGCAGUUCCCACAUAAUUGCAGUUUCUCUGUUCUUUGGAUCAGGUGCAUUUAUGUAUCUCAAACCAUCUUCUGCUAAGUCAAUGAAUGAAGGCAAAAUCUCCUCUAUCUUUUAUACCAAUACAGUUCCUCUGCUGAAUCCCUUAAUCUACAGCUUGAGGAACAAAGAUGUUAAAGAUGCCUUGAUAAAGACCCUGAGUAAGAGAAAGCAUUGA